AUGGACUACGUACAAGUUGGAGAAGCUUUUGUCAAGCACUAUUAUAGUACUUUUGAUCAAAAUCGUCAAAAUAUUGCUCCUUUAUAUACUGACAACAGUUUACUCACUUGGGAAAAGGACAAGAUCCAAGGAAGAGUCGAGAUUUUGAAAAAGUUGACUGAAUUACCUUUCAACACUGUAAGACACGAUAUUAACGUGUGCGAUUGUCAGCCAAGUAUGUCCGGAGGUGUCAAUAUUUUGUGUACUGGAAGUGUUGUUAUUGACAAUGAACAUCCACACCCAUUCUGUGAAUUCUUCCACUUGACCAAUGAAAAUGGUGGUUUCUAUGUGACCAAUCACAUCUUCAGAUUCAACUAUGGUGCUUAA